UCUUCAUCCUGGAACUCUUCCUUUUUCCCAUAAGCAAGCUUCGUGUGAAUCAUGGGAAUCAGUCAUCAACCAAACAAUGCCGAGCCGCAGUGAACCUGAUCGCUCUAUAUAUAUAGAGGACGCAGUCUCUCACCGAUGCCCUGAGACAGAGUCGGCUCCACAUGAGAAGGUGCUUUGCUCAGUACAUGGAGAAGGGAAAACGGGUGAUGAAGCUCCACCACUUGAUGGACGAGAUGGAGAAAGUGAUAGAGGACAAGUCCGAGCGGGACCAGGUCCUGGGCAGCGACCUUGGAUUCAUUGUAUGUUACACUCAGGAAGCAAUUGUCGUUCCUCCGCAUAUCAUUUUUGCUAUCAGGCGGAAUCCUGGAUACUGGGAAUUCACCAAAGUGAGGUCGGACGAUUUGGCUGCUGAGCACAUCAAUGUUGCUGAUUACUUGAAGUACAAGGAAAUGAUCUAUGAUGAAGAAUGGGCAAAAGAUGAAAAUGCUCUGGAGGUGGACUUUGGGGCAUUCGACUUCCUGACUCCUCACAUGACCUUAUCCUCCUCCAUAGGAAAUGGAGUCGAUUUCAUUUCAAAAUUUCUAUCCUCGAAGUUGAGCAGAGGGGACGACAGUGCACAGCCUCUCGUGGAUUUCUUAGCAAAACUCAACUUCCAAGGGGAAGAUCUCAUGAUAAAUGAUACAUUGAAUAACACAUCAAAGCUUCAGUCAGCACUAAUCAUAGCAGAAGCUUCCCUCUCAGCACUCCCCAAUGACACCCCGUACCAAAAAUUUGAAAUGAGGUUCAAGGAGUGGGGCUUCGAGAAAGGUUGGGGUGAUACCGCGGAACGAGUAAUGGAAACAGUGAGAUCUCUCUCUGAAGUACUCCAAGCACCGGACCCAGAUAACUUGGAGAAGUUCUUCAGCAAGAUUCCGAUGAUAUUCAACAUUGUGAUAUUCUCUCCUCACGGGUAUUUUGGACAAUCUGAUGUCCUGGGAUUGCCCGAUACUGGUGGGCAGGUAGUUUACAUAUUGGAUCAAGUCAAGGCUCUGGAGGAAGAAUUGCUUCUCCGGGGUAAGCAACAAGGAAUCAACGUGAAACCUCAGAUCCUUGUGGUUACAAGGCUCAUACCUGAUGCCAAGGGGACCAAUUGCAACCAGGAAGUGGAACCUAUAAAUGGAACGAAGUACAGCAAGAUCCUGCGGAUGCCUUUCAGAACAGAAAAUGGGGUCCUCCGCCAGUGGGUCUCCCGUUUCGACAUAUACCCCUAUCUUGAGAACUUUGUUCAGGAUGCUACUGCUAAGAUCCUUGACCACAUGGAAGGGAAACCCGAUCUCAUAAUCGGGAACUAUACCGAUGGGAACUUGGUGGCUUCUCUGAUGGCAAGUAAACUCGGCAUCACUCAGGGCACCAUAGCACAUGCCUUGGAAAAAACCAAGUACGAGGAUUCCGACCUCAAGUGGAAGGAACUUGAACCGAAGUACCACUUCUCAUGCCAAUUCAUGGCCGACACGAUAGCGAUGAAUGCAACAGAUUUCAUCAUUACAAGCACAUACCAGGAAAUCGCUGGAAGCAAAGAUCGACCUGGGCAGUACGAGAGUCAUGCAGCAUUCACGCUUCCAGGGCUUUGCAGAGUUGUCUCGGGAAUAAACGUUUUCGAUCCAAAAUUUAACAUUGCUUCCCCUGGUGCCGAUCAAUCAGUUUAUUUUCCAUACUACGAGAAAGAAAGACGAUUCAAACAGUUCUAUUCCGCAAUUGACGAACUGCUAUACAAUAAGACUGAAAAUGAGGAGCACAUUGGAUAUCUCGCCGACAAGAAGAAGCCCAUUAUAUUCUCGAUGGCGAGGGUCGAUGUGGUAAAGAACUUGACAGGCUUAACAGAGUGGUAUGGAAAGAACCCAAGGCUCCGGAACUUGGUCAACCUGGUAAUCGUCGGGGGAUUCUUUGAUCCGAACAAAUCCAAGGACCGAGAAGAGAUGGCCGAGAUAAAAAAGAUGCAUGCGCUGAUAGAGACGUACCAGCUCAAGGGACAGUUCCGGUGGAUUGCAGCACAGACUGACCGGCAACGGAAUGGAGAACUCUACAGGUGUAUCGCUGACACCAAAGGAGCAUUCGUUCAGCCCGCCCUGUACGAGGCAUUUGGCCUCACAGUCAUCGAGGCCAUGAACUGUGGGCUGCCCACGUUUGCAACCAAUCAGGGUGGGCCUGCCGAAAUCAUCAUGGACGGGGUCUCAGGCUUCCAUGUCGAUCCCACCAACGGAGACGAGUCAAGCAACAAGAUCGCUGAUUUCUUCGAGAAGUGCAGUUUGGACAGCGAAUACUGGAACAAAUACUCAACGGAGGGCCUGAAACGCAUAAACGAAUGCUAUACCUGGAAAAUAUACGCGAACAAGGUGCUGAAUAUGGGGUGCAUCUAUAGCUUCUGGAGGCAACUGAACAAAGAUCAGAAGUUAGCCAAGCAGAGAUACAUCCAGAUGCUAUAUAAUCUCCAGUUCAGGAACUCCGUGAAAACUAUUCCAGUACGGAUCGAUGAAGCUCCACAGCUACCUCCAGCCCCGAAGGCCACACAGAGGAGGUCGCAGUCCCGUUUGCAGAGGAUGCUUGGAGCUUAAAAGGGCCAAAACAAAUAAGAAAAGGGGGCCUUUUCCUUUGCACUUUAUCAUUUCUCCGGAAAGGAAAGUGUUGGAAUAUUAUCAUCGUUGUAUACUUCCGUAUAAGCUCUAAAUAAAACAUGAAUUUGUAUUUCGUUACAAGUUAUAAAGAC